AUGGUCUCUAAUCGCCCGGUCACUAAAAUCCACUCCCCAUCCCCCAACUUUCUCCGCCCUUUCAAAUCGAGCGGUCUCUCCAAAGCCCCGCCGCUGAGGAGGCCCGGGAGCUUCCGGAUAGCGGCUUCCGACGUGACAGAGGAGUUCGAUUUCUCGUUAUUCGAUGUCGAUGUAGACGAUGAUUACGAAGAUGAUAUCGACGAUGAUGAGCUGGAUGUUCCCGUCUGGGGUUUUCCGACGGUGGAGGAUGUGGAGGAGACGGAGUGCCCGCCGGGCCUCAGGAAGUACGAGACAAUGAUGGUGCUGAGGCCAGAUAUGUCCGAGGACGAGCGGCUCGCCGUAACCCAGAAGUAUGAAGAGUUGCUGGUGGCUGGUGGUGGCAUGUACGUGGAGGUUUUCAACAGAGGCAUAAUCCCGCUGUCCUACGACAUCAGGAGGAAAAAUAGAGAUGGCGAAACAAACACUUACAUGGAUGGUAUUUUCCUUCUCUUCAAAUAUUUCACCAAGCCCGAGUCCAUUUCCAUUCUGAAGGAGACUGGGCAAGCUGAUGAUAAUGUUAUUAGAUCAUCUACUUUCAAGGUACGGAAGAGGAAAUUGUUCUAA